AUGGAAAUUUUUAAAUAUGCUAAUGGACGAAGGUUUCAUAAUGAUGAAAACUCUAAAUACUUUUUACCAAAUGAUGAUGAAGAAGUUGACAGACUUCAAAUCCAACAUUUCCUUUUCUGUUACAUAUGGCAAGGCAAUUAUUCAUCUCCUGUUAGUGACUUACUAGAUCGGGGUGGUGCUAAAGUCCUAGAUGUCGGUUGCGGUCCUGGCACUUGGCUUUUAAAUAUGGCGACUGAUUAUCCAAGAGUUUCAUUUACUGGCGUAGACAUAUCUCCAAUCUAUCCUUCUGAAAUAAAACCUUGCAAUCUAACAUUUCAUAAUGCAAACAUAUUAGAGGGUUUACCAUUUCCUGAUAAUCAUUUCGACUUUGUAUAUAUGAGAUUCUUAUUAACUGCAUUCACUGAAGAUGAUUGGCAAAAUAAAGUUAUCCAAGAAUUAUGUAGAGUUCUUAAACCAGGUGGAUACAUUGAAAUUAUGGAAGGUGAUAUGGUACUUAAUCCAGAAGGCGAUUGUGGAAAAAUUUUAAUGAAUGCUUGUAUGUUAUUAAAAAAUAUGUUGUUUUUGUAUCAAAGAUUAUGCCCAGUAGGAACUUGGGCUGGUCGUGUCGGUGAAGGCAUAUGUCAAGAUUUUUGCUCUACUUUAUACACAUUACGUGAUACUCUUAGUGAUGUAAUAGAAUCUGAGGGCAUUAUUGGAGAAAAAAGCGAAAAAUUUGUUUAUGACGAUUUGGUAAAAGGAUUUGUUGAUGAGUGUAAUGAGUUCAAAGCAAAUUUUAGACAUUGUAGAUUUUAUGCUCAAAAAAUCUGA